AUGUCAUUCCAAUCCAUCCAACGAUUCGCAAAUUUAUUCCAUAACUGGAAUGGAAGCGAGCAAAAUGAUCCGUCGAUGUCAAAGACGAUGAGGCCGAGUCGUGGAAGCGUGUUCGUGGUGAAUAGUUCGAUUGUGUAUUGGCGGCAAACCGUGUUGGCAACACCUGCCUUGUGGUCAAACGUGGAUAUUUCACCGCCUUGGAACUUGUCCGCCAUACAAACUUACAUCGAAAGAUCCAAGGAAUCCUUGAUUGAUUUGCGACUUUUCUACGACUUCCGUAGCCCUGAUGAACAUCCCUCCACCGACUCUGCACAUUCACUCGCCCAUAUCCUCCAACCUCACUACCGUCGGUGCCAUACCAUUGAGGUGUCUGGGGUUACCCAAACCACCCCCGCUAUAUUAGUGGUGUUGGAGUCAAUGCAGCACAGCACGUACCCCCACCUUCGACGCUUUCAGGUGGAGGGGAGAGAAAGGCCCGAGCCUGACUAUCAUGAGCUUACACUCAGAGACGCUCCGAGGCUCACGGAUGUUCGUUUGCGGGGUACGGGGUUGCACUACUUCCGCGUUCCGCUUACCAACGUCACUGAGCUUCAUCUGGCGCCGAUGAGGAAGUCGCUGCCUUAUGAGGCCUUUUUCAGGAUGAUACAAUUGUGUUCCGCAUCGCUGAUCACGCUGGUUAUCUAUGAUCGUCUCUUCGUCUGGUGGCGCGAAGACGUUGCGGUAUCGCGCGUGUGCGAUAUGCCUUCCCUACGCCGUCUUCACGUCUACGGAAAUAUGCUUGCAGUCUCUGAGCUUCUGCUCACGAUCUCAGCUCCGGAUCUGGAAGAAAUCGCCAUUGCCCCAUUCGUCGGGGAUGAUCUCGUCCCGCUGGAAGAAGACAUCCAGCGCAAGAAAUCUCCCCGCUUUCCGAAGCUGAAAACACUCACACUAACGCUCAGUCCGGCCUCAGGCGUGAUAGAAUUAUCCCUCGAUCAAGCUGAAUUUUGCUUUCCUGGGAUCGAAACCCUCGUUCUUCCCAAUCAUUACUGGCGAGAUGUGUUACAUGGCAUGACCUCCAGAGGGGGUAUCCAUUCCAUGGUACCUCGCUGGCCUCAGCUGGAUAGCAUCGCAGUUCGGGCCCUUGACGACGACUUCGACAUGCUUCAUCAAUUUAUUUCAGACCGCCAGCAAGCUGGCGCACCCAUCCGGACGUUGUAUUUGGACGCAGAAUCGGUUAAGAAAUUGGUUCAUUGCGAAGAUUUGAAGGAGAUGGUCUCUAUCGUAGAGGCGGAUCCUUGGCUGGCCCAACAGAGCGCUGCGUUUUAUUCUGAGCAGAAAUUGCGGUUCCUUGGUGAUCACUAG